CAUGAUUCCUCGGGGCCCGCGAGACGCUUCUAUGCAUCUGCUGUCGUUGAAGCGUUUCAAACGAGAUUCAUUUGUUACGCGCGAAAGUGCUGUGUUAUUGACAUAGUGUUUGAUUUGCUGUUGGAGUAGUGGGUGUGUAUGCCAAGAAAUAACUAUGACUGUAACAAACUUAGCUUUGAGUAAAGAGGUUGAAAGCAAUAACAUGUUCCUGACGCCGGCUGCGAAGAAAAAAGGAAAAAUUGGCGCUAAAAAGAAACAAGUGCAAAUUGAACCACCUCCACCACCCAAAAAACCUGAGAAGAAAGUACCAGAGGGGAGAAAAUAUGCACAGAUUGCACCAGAAUCUAUUAAAAUUAAGGGUGAAUGUGUUGGAGUUGAUGACUUGGAUGAUGCCGUAGCAAAAGCUUUGAGUGAAGAAGUUAGCUACAGGCUAAGGGAAAUUAUUUCAAAAAGUACUAUUUACAUGCGUCAGACCAAGAGCACCAAACUAAGCAGAGCCCACUUGAAGAGUGUGUUUGUUGCAAAUGAUUUGGAAUAUAAUUUAGGCCAUCUAACACCACCUUCAUUCAAUUUGCUUGAAGGACCAGAAAUUUUUGUCCAGCUGGAUUCAACCGAUAAUCUUGAAGAAAUGGUUGAUUCUAAUGAAGAAUUAGAGCAAUUUCAACCAAAAAUAGCAGGUAAAAUUGUACUUCCAGACAAAAGAGUAAAACCUGCUGAUCCAAAUAAGAAAACAACAAAUGGGACUGAAUCCCUUGAAGGUAAGAUCGUUGUUCCAGAUAAACAGUCAAAACCUACCGCAGCAAACAAGAAACAGGAGACAGAGCCAUUGGAAGCUUUGGGGUUACGAAAGGUUGCUAAGACGUGAAUCUUCAGUCACCAUUGUCAGCAUUUGUCAUUGAACCAUAUCAAAAGAUUUGAAAGAAAUUUUAGCUCUCUUUAAAGUGCUGUUGCAGCAUAUGCAGAAAGAUAGAGCUUGCAGUUAUUGUGGAGCAUGAUUGAAGAAUUAUUAUGCAGUCACAGAAAAAGAAAAGCAGUAUAUAAACAUAAAAAUUCUGAGGAGAUAAUGUUAUGUAAUUCAUCAGCUUCUCCCAGUGUACUUCAUGUUGAAAUAGUCCACAGAUGAACUACUCAGUGUCAGUGCCCUGAACAUGGACAUCAGGCAGUUCACUCGUGAACUAUUUUGACAACGUAAUAUUUCAUUGACAUUUAUAAAUGUUGUGUAAUAUAACAGAACUUACAUUUACAAUUGUGAUCAUGAAGCAAGUGGAUAUCCUUAGGAGUUACAGGACAUACAGGUUACACUGCUGUCAAUUAGAUAAUUAGGUUUUCAGUUUGUCUUCCUAGGUUAAAGUAAUAUCAUGGAUCACGGUGAGAAUGGGUAACAUAGUGUUUAGAGGCUAUCAAACUCAAGUGUGUUUGGCCACAUUUAAUGACACUGCUCAUCUUUAUUCUAACUUCGAUGUUUUACUACACGUCUCAUUACAGUAGUAACUGUAUUUGCUGCCUAUCAUUCUGUAUUAUAAUAUUUCAAAGACAUGUCUGCAGUUCAUCAUUCUUUAGUAAAAUUGUACUGAAUAUACAUAUUAAUACAUUUAAAUGUUGCCAAAUGCAUUAAAGUGGUAUUAGACAUAAAAAUACAAUCUAGUGUGUAAAAAUGCUGGAUUAUUAUUUUUAGUGUAGAGUUAUCUACAUAAUGGACUCGUUCAGUGUGAAAAAUUGCGCUAAAAGAUUUGAUAUUUUGUUAAUUUUAUUUAUGUAUGUAUUUAUUUAUUUAUUUAUUUCCCUCUUGUAAAAUGUCAGGACUUCACUUAGAUAUAACUAGAAUUAAUACUUUUCACACUUCAAGUAAGAUAAUUGUGCAGAAGGAAGUAUUUUCACAAAGAAAUAUUUUUAAAAAACUUUAAGAGAUUAUCUUUUACAAAGUGUAACACAGAUUACAUGUUCUGUUGAAAUAUAAAGAUAAAAGAAUACAGUUGUGUAUGUCCAUGUUUUUCAUACUGAUGAUAAAAAUUAAAAUAAGAGGAAUCAGUGGUGCUUCCAGCAA